UUUUUAUUUUUUAUUUUUCGUUUAUCUUUUUUUUUUUUCUUUUUACAAAUACGUAUUGAGUGUCCAUUAAAAGCAUGAAUCCUGCACAAAAGAACAAGGUUGAUGUCAGUCAAUUAAGCGAAGAAGAACAAAAGUUAUUUCGCAUGUAUGGUAAGCUUCCUGAUCGCAAAGAUCUCUUGGGCCAUAAACUCAAGGAACGUAAAUACUUUGAUUCUGGCGAUUAUGCACUUUCAAAAGCAGGUAAAGAACCCUUAGCAAUAGGUUCUGAACAUCCUUCACCUGAUACUAUUCCCCACUCGAACCCUAUAUCUUUGCCUGGUUCUAGUCCAGUUAAAGAGAGUCCUCUCGUUUCAGAGACUGAUAAUGAAACCAAGUAAAAAAACUCUUCAAAAAAAACUGCAUUUCUCUUCUCAU